GCCGUCGAGCAAUAACAAUGCACUGGAGUGUAUACGUGUUGGGUUGGAUCGAUUUCGCGAGAAGUGAUAAACUUUAAUGAAAGCGCUGGUGGUGAGGUGAAAGUGUUGAACGUCUUAAGCUUACUACACUGUGAGUACACAGCCACAAAAUGGCCCGGAUAUUUACCAAAAUGUUCACCAUUUUGUCAUUUUACUCUCUGACAUUACUGGCGGGAACGCUGGGAGCGUCGAGGCGCGCGUGUUCGAGGCUGCCGGGGGACUUUACGGUGCCCAAACGACCCGGUGACAACGGGUACCGGAUCCGAAUAUCGGGCCAUCCAUCAUUCUACGUACCGGGCCAGGAGUAUUUGGUGACGCUGAGCAGUACCCCACCCGUCUCCUUCCGUGAGUUCACCUUUGCGUGUUUACUGGUUGAAGACGAUGCCACAUCAGCGGGGCAUUUUGAGAUUGUUGACGAUCGUCUGGCCCAGUUUUCCCCCGACACCAUCAAUUGUCCGGAGCUUCUCAUCCACACAUCCAAGGCCUCCAAGACAUCGGUGACAUUCAGAUGGAUCGCACCGCCGGCCGGCACCGGCUGCGUCAACUUCAAGGCUGCGGCCGUUCAGAAGAAGCAGAUAUGGUACAAAGAUGAACGGGGCCUGACCCUCUGGCUCUGUGAAGAAGAUGUUGCCGCAUCGGUGCCACCGCAGACCAACACUGUUGAUGAGGAUGCUAACAUUGAGUGCUGUGCCUGCCACACGGCCAAGUACACAGUCACAAUGCGGGGACUCUGGUCCCAAGAAACGCACCCUAAGGACUUCCCUGGAGGCCAUGGUGAUCAUUGGUCUGAUCUGAUUGGUGCAUCCCACACAAAGGACUACACCAUUUGGAAAUACGGGGGUUAUGCCUCACUGGGUGUGCAAAGAGUCGCAGAAUGGGGUUCGCCAACUACACUGGAGAGGGAAAUAUUAGCACAGACAAGAAACAUCAAGACAGUCAUUCGCAGUCGGGGCCUGUGGCCGGCCCGCGGCAACAUGUCGGCUGUUCUCAGUGUCAAUCGCACCCACAACCUGGUCUCCACGCUGUCCAUGAUCGGCCCCAGCCCGGACUGGUGCGUCGGGGUGUCCCGCGUCAACCUGUGCACGGCCGACUGCGAUUGGCUACAAAGGCUGGAGAUUGACCUGCUGCCGUGGGAUGCCGGCACGGACAGUGGGAUAACGUUCAGGUCGGACAACGCCCCGACCGUCCCCAUCGAGCCUAUCCACCCCAUCACCAGUUCCUUCCCCUCCAACCCACUGGGUGCCUUCUAUGACCCCAUGGGCCGGCCCAUCCCGCCCAUGGCCAUCCUGGUCUUUGAGAGGACGGACAACACCCUGUAUGAUGACCUUGGGGAGGUGGUCUGUGAGGUGGAUGUAGGGGGUCCUGAUGCGACACAUACUGGUGGGGGUGGAAUGCCACCCAAAGAGGGUAUGAUGCCACCAAAAGAGGGUAUGAUGCCCCCUAAAGCGGGUACGAUGAUGCCUCCUAAAGAGGGUAUGAUGCCCCCUAAAGCGGGUACAAUGAUGCCUCCCAAAGAGGGUAUGAUGCCACCCAAGGAGGGUAUGAUUCCAUCCCCCGAUGGGGAGAUAAUGCCUCCCAAACCGGGUAUGAUGAACAAAGGAGGUGAGCUGAGCAACGUGACGACCCCAAUGAUGAAGAAACCAGUACCCGAGGGGGAUAUCACCAUGCCUCCCAAAGUCAUGCCUAAUGAAGGAGAGGAUAUUCCUGUGACAAUGCCACCCAAACAUGCCAAAACAGGCGGUCGCCAGCCCAUUGACUGCAUGAUGUCGCCAUGGAGUGACUGGACCGAGUGCUCGCGAUCCUGCGGCAAGGGGACCAUGAGACGACAGCGCAUGGUAAAACAGAAGGCACGCCACGGUGGCCAGGCGUGCGGCAAGCAGAAGGAAAAGAAGAACUGCAGCACUGGGCCUUGUCCUCGCGACUGCAUGAUGUCCGAUUGGGGCGAGUGGACACCGUGCAGCGUCACCUGCGGCAACGACGGCACCCAGAUCCGAAUGAGAAAGAUCAAGAAGAAGGCGCGGGGGAGCGGCCAGCCAUGCGGGCCCAGGAGAGAGGAAAGAGUCUGCGGAACACCCAUCGAAUGCUAGGGUCCUGGCAUGACAUCCGUAGGCAGAACGGAGAUAAAACGCUUCCAGCGCUUUUCUUGAUGGACAGAAAAACUUAAUCGACAUAGCUCACAGUGUGCUUUAGGGCUGUGCAUGUUUGAAUAAUUGAGUAUUCAAUUAUUCUAACUUGGACUUGAUCGAAUAUUCAAAUAUUCUAAUUGGGACUUGAUUGAAUAUUCAAAUAUUCAGAAUGCACUGAUCAAGUUUUACACCGCCAGCCUAAACUGGCUGCCAGUGGGGAUUUAUGUAUGCCUGCGCUUUCAAACCUUGAGAAGACACAGCAGAAUGGCUGAUAAUUUACAGAAGAAAUUUUGAGCUAAUUUUUGUCAUGGAAGCUCUGAAAUCAUGUGCUUUUUAUAGGACAUCGUGGACAUUUUUCAUCAUCUUCUCGAGACCACUCACAUUUUUUUUGAAUAUUUGAAUAUUCAGACAUUUGAUUGAUGAUUGAAUAUUUGAGUAAUUCAUGUUCCGCACAGCCCUAGUGUGCUUGACUCGUGCCACGCGAUGGUAUUUCCUUUUUCACUGUACAUAUUUAGUUUCUUGUGUCGCUUUUCUUUUCUUUUUCUUUCUUUUUUUACAGCAUUUGAUAAGUGUGAAUGACUGUCUGGAUACAGUAUUUUUUAGUUACUGUUUUUGAGAUGUGUGGAUAUUACACUUAUUAUUGGACUUAUAAAACUUGCUAUUACAGUGUUUGAUUGAUAUUAGUUGAUCAUGCUCCAAAUGUUUGGAUAAACAAGUAGGAUGUUUUUUUAUAAAUUAAAAUGAUUGUUAUGUCUGGCUCCAUUCAGAAUCAAGGAUCAAAAGAAAAACACACAAAUCGCAGAGUAUUUUUGAUGCCUUGUGUAAAGUAGGGGUUUGGCCGAGCAGUUUCAGACCCUGCAGUUUUUUUGGAAUUUUGGAAAAUUUAACAGAAACAUUGAUUUUUUUUCACUUGUUCUUCAACUCGAAGCUGCACUGCUACUAAUUGAUAGGUACAAAAACCUAAUUUUAAACAUCUUCAUGGUUUUGUUGGAGGAAGUUAUACAGUUUCUCUUUUAGAGUCAUCAAACAUUUUGAAGACUAUGUAUUUUUUUUCCUCGGCCAUUUCUCUUGCCAACAAGAUUGUUUUCUUCCGACGAGUUGGGUUUGUGAUUUUUAUCAGAUACGUAUCAUUAUGUCCUGCCGAGAACAUUCAGUUGUGAAAUGUAAAUAAACUGUCAGCUGCCUUUGAUCAUUAUGUUACAUUAUAAGAAAGAAAAAACUGUUUUGUAGUUCACCAGAGAUAAUAAUAAUUGAAAAUUUUGGGAGAAAAUUAGAAGGGCCUAUGGUGUCCAUGCACAAGUACCUUCUCAAUAGUGGCACAGAGACAAGGGUGGAUCCAGAACACAAUUUUUGGGGGGGACCCAAAAA